AUGCAUAAGGCUGGCCCACCACCACCAUAUUCGCCUGAAAGUCCUCCGAAAUACUCACACUCGGAAUCGACACCUCUUCUUCCAAAAGCAAACGAGGAUGCUCUCUCAGAAUCGGCGAAUUCGAAUAACAGAAAGAGCAGGAAAUUCUCCACACUAUUGCUCACUGUCAUCGGCGCAUUCUUGACUGCACUUAUAAUUCUGAGUUCGGGAAUUUCCUUCUGGUCUAUCAUCCAAAAUGGGAAACCAGCAGCAAAGAUCGUGAAUUUCAAGGUUGGAAUUAUUGGUUCUGGACCCGCGGGGAUUGGUGCAGUUCAAGGUGUGAGAGAUGGGAUUUCACGACUUGGCCAGGAGUUCAAAGAUCAAAAUGUUGAUGUACAAGUGGAGAUUGUAGUUUUUGAAGAAAAGGCAAGAGUUGGUGGGAGGAUGGUGGUGGAGGGUGCAACUGGUAUGCAGCUUGAGGUUGAAGAUGUUGCGAGUGGAGCAUUGGAUGGAAAGCUAUUGAGUAUCAUAGGCGGGAUGGAUGAUGUGCAGGAGACAAAAGAUAUGCCUACUGAGAGUGACGAUCUUGGAAUGGGAAAAGUUGGAUACUUCAAUGGAAAUAAUUUCGUCAUCGAAACAUACCGUCCUUAUGCUACCACUCCUUGGAAGCAUUACAUAUAUAUCCUCUUCAAAUAUGGACCCUCUGUUUGGCGUGCUCCAAGAAUUCCAACGGGGACUAUGAAAUCCUUCCAUAACUUCCUCCCUAAACUCAACACUAUAUGCGUAUCCUCCAUCAGAGAUCUGGCCUACAUAAUGUCCAACAGGUUUGGAUACACUCCUUUCAGCCUCCCCGCAACCGAUAGACUAAAGAAAAACGGAAUCGGAGGAGACUACAUACGAGAUAUACUAGCCCCGCAAGUUCGACGUCAUACUGGACAGUUAAUUGAGCAGAUAAGUGAUCUAACACUAAGUAUUGCGCUUGAGCAAGAGGAAUCCGGGUCUUCGAAGGCUGUAAAUCAUGGAUUUUAUCAAAUGGCAAUGGAGAAAUCAUUGAGAGAGAAUAAAGCAAAAGUACAUCUCGGUGCAAAAGUCACACAACCUCGCUGGGAAGAAGUCAUCGGAGAUGAUGCAAAGUGGGUGAUACGAUGGGAAAACGCAGCACAUGACGAAGACGUUCUAGAUUCUGAAGAAUUCGAUAAAAUCAUCAUCACCGCACCAUUCAACUACACGGAACUCCUAGGAAUAACACAUGAUGGUAAAUCACUCUAUCCUCUCGAUGAUAAUACCCAGGAUAUCGAAUAUCAAUCCCUAUAUAUCACUUUCUUCACCACAACCUCACUCCUCACUUCUUCUCUUCAUAAUACACCAUCACCUCUACCCGCACAACUCCUUCCUAUCUUCGAUGCCAACCAACCAUCUACUUCCCCCUACAACUCUCUUGUCGAAAUUUCUCUUCUCCGUACCAUUUUUCCUGCUUUUCAAGCACCAGAUUUCAAUCCCCAUCCUCCCAACCCUCCAAAACGUCUCUACCUCUACCGUCUCCUCUCCUCCCACCCUAUCUCCCCCACUUUCCUCUCUAGCAUCCUUCAUCUCCCCAACACAACAAUAUUAGAAACUUGGAAUCAGCAAGAAAUUCUACACGCAUAUCCAAUUACACCAACCUUCCCCUCAGGUUCAGCCUCAAAUCCAGAUUCAAAAGAAGAAAAAGGAAAUCUAAAAUUAGGAGACAACAUAUGGACAACACGGGGAAUAGAGAAGGUAUUGGGGAGUGAAGUGUGGGGAGCGUGGUAUAUGGGGAGGAUGGUGGGAGGGAAUCUGGCGGGGGAGAUUGGGGAGGAGGUGAGGGGUGGGUUUGAAGUAAAGUGA